AUGAUGCGCGAUGCCGCAAAGAAACUCGUGGUCGCGUGCGCUCUCGUGUCCGUGACCUUUGCCAAAGCGAGCCACGAGUGUGGCGACGGCCUCCUGGGCGCGAGCACGACCCCGUGGGAGGAGCUUCAGCAGCUUGCAAGCAACCGCUUCUACGGCACCUAUCAUGAGAGCCGCGCCAACAUGCCCGAGCAGCAGCCUGAGUACAUCGAGCUGGCCAAGAGGCGGCAGUACGAUGGCGAUGGACGCAGGGUCGCAGCGUCCUUCGACGACAGGCUAUUGCACUUUGGCCUCGUCGACAGCCAGCUGAGGCAUGCCGGGGAGGACGCGUACGGCUUUCUCGAGUCCAUCGGUACCAAGAUGAUCCCGCACGGCAGCCAGCGAGCGCCCAACUACACCAGCGUCACCAAUGGGCAACUGCUGCGCGGCGAGGGCGAGCUCGACAGCGGCCACUUCUUUGACCAUCUGCUGGGCAACGAACACUGCCUGCGCGAGUGGCAGCACCUCGGCGACAACAUCGACGACGACGUCUGCCUCGCAGGCCUCUUUCACAGCAUCUACGGCACCGUGGGCUAUCAGGCUUCGCAGUUUCCGAUCUCCAGGCGCGAUGAGCUGCGCGAGCUCAUCGGUGAGCGCGCCGAGCAGCUCGUGUACUGGACGUGCGCGAUGGACAAGGCCACGUGGUUUGAGAUGCUUCUCGCCAACAAGGACCUCAAGCACAAGGCGCCGCUCCACCACUUUUCCGGACGCACCACCGCCCUGGGGAAACCCGUGCCAGGCAUCUGGCCGCAGGACGGACCCUUCCGCCUGACGGGGGAGGAGCGCUGGACGAUGACCGCGCAACAGUACACCGAUUACUGCGCGCUGCAGCUGUCGCACUUGUUCCGGCAGGCAAACAAUGGCGACCUCGACACUUCGUUCCUGCGCGACCGCUUCCACGAGGCCCACCGCAUCAUGGCGGAGCGCGCGGGCGGUGCCGCCCUGCAGCAGUUCCACGACGAGCUCUCUCGCUACCGCAGGGAGAAUGCGUCGCUCCUCCUGGAGCACGAUGAGCGGGGCUGUGCCCCUGUCACCGCGCCCACCAGGCUUCGGGGCCAGCCAUUCGUGCCUGGCGGCAACAGGGACUCGAUGCCGCUGGUGGAAGCCCUCGCCGUCAUCGGCUCCCGCCUGCACGAGGUGGGCGUGGUGCUCAUCCGUGGGGCACCGCUGAGCGACGCCAACGACUUUGAGGCCUUCUUGGAGGCGAUGGGCCAUCGGCUCUUCCCGUACCACCUCGGCACGACGACGCGCUCCAUGGUGGGCGCGCUCGCCGCCGAAGCGUCCGACCUCGCGGCGGCGAUGAUUGUGGAGCCCCACCAGGAGCUAGCGUAUCGGCGCGAGCAGCACCCGAGCACCAUCAACUUCUUCUGCGCGCGUGCGGGAGGCGCGCAGGACGGCGGCGAGACGCUGUUGGCCGAUAUGCGCAACGUGACGCAGCAGCUCGACGCCGCACUUCUGAGUGGCAUCCAAAAGCUCGGCCUCACCUACAUUCGAGUGCUUCAGAACAGGACGCAAGACCCGGAGCAUGCCAAGCUCGGAUGGCCGCGGGGCAAGGUGACCUCGCCCAUGCUAUUUGGGGGCAACCGGCCGUCUUGGCAGGACUUCCUUGGCGACACGCGCGAGGAGGCGGAGCAGUGGCUGACGGCGAACGGCUACGGGUUCGAGUGGCUGCAGGGCGACUCGCUGCGCAUGUGGCAGACCGUCGACGAGGUCAUGCGCCCCCACCCCGUGACGGGAGAGGACAUCAUGUUUGCUCAGGCUCACGCUCACCACAACUCUUACCACUCGUCGCAUCCUGCCUUCCUCGCCGCGACACCCUACCCCUCCCCCAGCGACUUGGAACAGCUGCCGGUGCACGUGACGUACGGCAACGGCUCGCCGUUGAGUGAGGAGGCCCUCGCGCACGUGCGCGCGCUCGUCUACAAGAACUCGGUCGCUCUCACUCUGGAGGCAGGCGACGUGCUCGUGCUCGACAACCUCCUGACCGCACACGGUCGCAUGCCCAUGAGGGUCUCGAGCAGCCGCGUUUUGCUCACCUCGCUCGGCACUGGGCUUCGCACGCGGGUCCACCCCAUCAUCUCCUGCGAGGCCAGUGACGGCCGGCUCCUCGCCCUGGCGCCAUGCAUGCACGCAGAUUCUGAGUCCGACGGCGCCGGCGGGCCCGGCCUCGGCUACUAA